UGACCGCGCCCCCGAAGCCCUCCGGCAGGGGGCGCUGCGGCGGCUGGGGCUCGCAGCGCGCCUGCGCGAGUCCGCGGAGUCCUUGGAGCGGCGGGGCGGCGGCGGCCAUCAUGCAGCGCUGGGGGCGCGUCUGCUGCGCGCUCGCUCGGAGGAGCCAUUUUGAUCGGAUUCAUCACGGUCUGCAGGGGGUUUGUGCGGUGCCGCGAAGGAGCUAUGCCGAGCAAGUUGAUGCCGAUGUCACAGUUAUUGGUUCUGGUCCUGGGGGGUAUGUUGCUGCAAUCAAAGCAGCUCAGCUUGGAUUUAAGACUGUCUGUGUAGAAAAAAAUGAAACAUUAGGUGGAACCUGUCUGAAUGUUGGAUGUAUUCCUUCCAAGGCCUUGCUGAACAACUCGCAUCUUUAUCAUUUGGCCCAUGGAAAAGAUUUUGCUAACAGAGGAAUUGAAAUUACAGGAAUCCGCUUGAAUCUAGAGAAGAUGAUGGAACAGAAGAGUGGAGCAGUAAAGGCCUUAACAGGUGGAAUUGCUCAUUUAUUUAAACAAAACAAGGUUACACAUGUAUCUGGGUUUGGAAAAAUAACUGGCAAAAACCAAGUCACGGCAACCAAAGACGAUGGCAGCACACAAGUUAUCAAUACAAAGAACAUACUUAUAGCCACAGGCUCAGAAGUUGCUCCUUUCCCUGGAAUUACCAUUGAUGAAGAUAAUAUUGUGUCAUCCACUGGUGCACUGUCACUAAAAAAAGUCCCUGAAAAGAUGGUUGUCAUUGGUGCAGGAGUCAUCGGUGUGGAACUGGGGUCAGUUUGGCAGCGCCUUGGUGCAGACGUGACAGCUGUGGAGUUCAUGGGCCAUGUUGGUGGAAUGGGAAUUGACAUGGAGAUCUCUAAAAACUUCCAACGUAUUCUUCAGAAACAGGGACUUAAGUUUAAGCUAAACACCAAAGUUACAGGUGCUACCAAGAAACCAGAUGGAAAAAUUGAUGUAGCUGUUGAAGCAGCAGCUGGUGGCAAGGCAGAAGUAAUAACUUGUGAUGUGCUCCUAGUCUGUAUCGGUAGGCGUCCUUUCACAAAGAAUCUAGGUCUCGAAGAAAUUGGAAUUGAACUUGAUAAGAAGGGGAGAAUCCCAGUCAAUAACAGAUUCCAAACCAAAAUUCCCAACAUCUAUGCUAUUGGUGAUGUAGUUGCUGGACCGAUGCUGGCCCACAAAGCUGAGGAUGAAGGCAUUCUCUGUGUUGAAGGGAUGGCUGGGGGAGCAGUUCACAUCGAUUAUAACUGCGUACCCUCUGUAAUAUACACUCACCCUGAAGUGGCCUGGGUUGGCAAAUCAGAAGAACAACUGAAAGAAGAGGGGGUAGAAUACAAAAUUGGGAAAUUUCCAUUUGCUGCUAACAGUAGAGCAAAGACAAAUGCUGACACAGAUGGCAUGGUGAAGAUACUUAGUCAAAAAUCAACAGACAGGAUGCUGGGUGCUCACAUUUUAGGCGCAGGUGCUGGCGAAAUGGUUAACGAAGCUGCUCUUGCUAUGGAGUACGGGGCAUCAUGUGAAGAUGUAGCCAGAGUUUGCCAUGCCCAUCCAACGGUGUCAGAAGCCUUCAGGGAAGCAAACCUAGCAGCAUCUUUUGGCAAAGCUAUCAACUUCUAAAAUGAAAGACCAGUUCUCUGUACAUGCAUAGUACAUGUCUGGAAAUGGACUGUGGUCCCUUGUGGAAGGCUGAGUUUGAGGAUGUUAGGACUGAAUUAAGUGAAUCUCUUCAUUUUAGCCGUCAGAUAUUUAAACAAGUAGAGUUUGGAACAAGCGGAAUUAUCCGGUCUCUGUAAAUUAAAUACUUACAAUUACAUGUUUAUUUACAUUCUGAAUGUUGCAGAAAAA